AUGCGACUGAACGAGAGCACCAUCAUAGUGGGCGAUGGAGUGCUACUGGUGCCGUACAGAAAGGAGCACGUGCACAAGUAUCACGAGUGGAUGCAGGAUGAAGAGAUGCGCGAGCAAACAGCGUCGGAAGCUUUGAGUUUGGAGGAAGAGUACGCCAUGCAGCGUUCCUGGCACUUGGACGACGAUAAAUUGACAUUCAUCGUGCUGAGACGACGAGCUGGCGCGUCCAUCUCUUCGGCGCGAGAGGCGCUACACGAAGCUGAGAUGGUGGGAGAUGUCAAUCUCUUCCUUUCGCUAGACGACGACGAGGAAGUGGAAAUCAUGAUAGCGGAACCUCGAGCCAGACGACAAGGCUUGGCCUUCGAGUCGCUCUGCCUCUUGCUGCGCUACGCCACCACCACCGCCUCCGCCUCCACCUCCGCCUCCAACAGCUCAUCCCUCUUGCCCCUCGCUCCCAGCGCAUUCAGAGCCAAAAUCGGGCUGAGCAACGCCAAGAGCAGAGCUUUGUUUGCCAAGUUGGGUUUCGAGGAGCACAAGGUGGUGAAGGUGUUCGAAGAGGUGGAGCUCAGGUGGACAGGCUUCAAACAUCACAGCGGCGCUACAGAAACGCUGCGAUUGCUGCAUUGGCCGCGAGAGGAGCACGACGAGUAG